AUGCCCCCAAGUCUCGCCCUGCCACAUCUCGAUGAUGUCGCGUCGCGUGCUGGGUUUGACACUGAGAUGAUCGCUUACCUGUCAGCUAAGGGCAUCACCAAUGCAGGCCUUUUCUUCGCCCCGUUCUUCGAACCCUUGCGUGCAGGAUUCGACUUGGCAGGCAACACAGUCAAGAGGUCAGAUGACGAGAGGCUUAUCCUGGAAGCAGCGACCCGGGUAGCCCUCGACGAGCUGUCGGUGCGACGCUCACAGAUGCUGGCCGCCUCAACCCCAGUCCUGCCGCCCUUCCAGGACGAUAGCCGCACCAAGAUGAUCCUCGACGACUCAGGUACCUUCACCAAGGCCAUGCGCCAUGUGCCGGAGCCCCAAAAGCUGGUCACCCUGUUAGAUGCCGUGGAGGCGAUCAAGUGGGGCCUCAUGUUCUCCCGUUGGUGUGACGAGCACGAUGCCAGUUUGUGGGCUGAGUUUUGGCAGAAGUUGUGUAGAGACUACCCCAAUAAAUUCCCCCAAACUGGGGCUUUCUUCGAUAAAGCGUUCCUUCAUGUUAGCCUGCAGAUGAGGGCCAACAAGUCCUUCCACGAGGUGCUGACGUGGCCCAAGCAAGACGAGCUGAACAGACCAGCCCCGUUCGACAGCUCCGAGCCCAGGCAGCACGUGUUUCUGGUGGAGAACGUGGUGACCACGGCAGCUUUACAAGCAGAGCUCGACUCUCUCCUUGAUACGACCUCGUUCGUGGUCGACGCGGCCUCCUUCGGCCUUACCUCCAGGACGGAAAACAACGACACCUUGCAGCAGUGGGCAGCAGCCUCCCGGCAGUACCCACCCCACCAGUACCGUCCGCAGGCACUGGUCAGGGUACACGGCAAGUGGCAGACCCCCGACGCAGCAACGAGAGAGUGGAUCCAAGGUUUCCCACAAGGAAUCACCUCCCCGUCAGACGAGAGGAUUUCCGAGCACUCCCGUUGUAAGAUGCUGGGAAACUCAUGGCACCUCCCUUCGGCCCGCUUCCUCUUGUUCGUACUGCUGGCCAGUUGCAACGUCAUUCCGGUGACGGCGGGACCGGUACCAGAAUGGUACCAACCGACAGCCGCACUACCGUGGAGCUCGAACCUUAACCCGUUAGGACCGUCCGAAGACACCCAGCAGCACCUGCAGUGGGCACUUGCCCUCGACGCCAGCAAGCUGCAUUUCUCUCAGAACAACCCUGUCCUCGAAUGGGCACUCCAGUCAGGUCAUGCCUUAGGUCCAGAUUUGAGCCGCUGGAGGAAAGAGCUUGUGCAGGACGUCGCCCUCCUUAGAGAAGAACUCCAGUUCGAACAGGACUACUGGCUCGCGUCAGCUCCACAACACGUGCAACAGGUCUGCCGACAAGGAGGCAACCAGUUCGUGCUGCAGCCCCUCGUAGUCCUACACCUUCUUACCCUGUUCGAGUUUCCGGGCACCAAGGAAGUCGCUGAAGAACUCCAGUUCGGUGUUAAAGUUUUGGGUCCACUCACGCCAGGUACAGGCUGGGAUGCCAGGAGGCCGUCUGAGCAUACUGCGACGAUGCUGGCCGAGAUCUCUAAGGUAGCAGCCGACUCAGACGCGCGCGCUGCACGCGCCUUCCCGGUAGUGCAGCAGGACAAGGUGAGACGCGCCGACGACUGGCGCAG